AUGCAAAAAGUUAUAUUCUGUUUCAGAUGUAUCAUUGGCAGAGUCAAAAUGUUAAAGUUUCUGGAGUGGAUGAUAUGAUUUUGCUCCCGAAAAUUACCGAGGAUGCUAUUACUGACAAUCUUCGGAAAAGAUACAUGGACGACUACAUAUUUGAAAUUUAAAUGUUAAAAGUUCAGAAGCAUGUAAAGGACUAAUAAACCAGGGGAUCAAGAAAAAAAGUCCUUUAAAGAUAUAUUCGUUUUUAUUUCGUUUUGGAGGUAAUCUCGCAAAAUCUUAUUUUUUCACUUAUUUAUUUAUAUUAUUAUGUAUUUAUUAUUGUAAUGUUAAGUUUGCAACAAACAUUUACACGAACAUUUUAUCGAACAUUGA